CUCUUUCUCCAGAACAUUCAACUCACGCAUACAGCUGCAGCAUGCGUGCUCUUACUCUCACUCUCCUAUGUGUUGUCGCCCUUACCGUCAGUCUGUCGCAGUGCGAGGCACGUGGAAGAACUGAUUCCACGCGAUGUCUGUGCGGAGGAAAACCAAGAGCAAGGGUAAAAUUUGGGCUUAUCAAAAAAAUUGACGUGUACCCCCCAAGCAAUUCCUGCCCAGACUUUGAGAUUGUGAUAAUUCCAAAGAAAGGUCAACCUUUUUGUCUGGAUCGCAGUAAAAAACAAGGAACGAGAAUCCUUGAAAAAAUGAAACAGAGGAAGGAGCCAAAGAGGAGGCAAGGGAAAAAUAAGAAACGAGAUUAAGAAACGUCUGCUCUGAAGCCGCCGUCUCUCAAGGUCAUCUCGUCUUAAUGACGCUUUGUUUCAAACGCCGUUUGGCCUUCGUUUAGCAGGCAUUAAAGUCGUCACUCAUGAAACGACUCGGUGUCUUUUUUAUG